AUGGAAAGUAACGAUGUCGAAGAGGUUCCUAAGGAGCAACCCCUUGUUGACCCGUCCUCUCCACCGAUCCACCGAUCGUCAACUGUCAGCACGCUCCAUCACAAUAAAUUUAAUGAUUCAUUCUUGUCAAGAGUGCGCUCAUUCUUCAAGAGAGAAGACCACAUAGGUCAUGUGUCCCAGCACCCAUUACGAGAUAAGGAAGAUAUCGAAAUACACACAUGGAAUGGCCCUGAUGACCCUGACAACCCUUUCAAUUGGAGCAAAACCUAUAAGUGGGUGUUGACUCUGACAGUCUGCUUCAUUUCCAUUCUGACAGGCCUCCCCGCGGGAUCGUACGGUGCAGGGAAUAAUUACAUGGAGCAACGGUUCCAUGUGCAGAAUACCCCAUUCCCCAAUCUGGCUUGGGCCACAACAUCCUGGAACAUGGGAGCCGCUUUUUGGCCACUCAUCUUCGUCCCAUUGACCGAAUCCUCGGGCCGGAUGCCAGGAUAUUUCAUCGCUUAUUUUAUCCUCGUCGUCUCCCUGUUCCCGUCGGCAUUCGCGCAGAACUUUGCAACACUUGUUGUUACCAGGUUCUUUGGUGGUGGUGCUUCUUCUGUCAGCAUCAACAUUGUCGGUGGCAGCAUUAGUGAUGUCUGGUAUGGUGAUAAAGCUCGCAGUCUACCAAUGUCAUUGUUCGGGUUCACAAGUGUUAUUGGAAUCGCGCUGGGGCCAUUUGUGGGUGCUGCUAUUCAGACCAUCCACAAGAACGAUCCAUGGAGAUGGAUAUUCUACAUCCAAAUCAUCUACAAUGCUGCAUUGAUCCCGGUAUUCUGGCUGAUUCUUCGCGAGACUCGUGCAGACGUUAUCUUAAAGAAGCGAGCUAAAAGACUUCGCAAGGAGACUGGCAGACACAUUUAUGCGGAAGCCGACCUUGACACCACUAGUAUAUGGAAACUACUUCAGGUUUCCUUCGAGCGACCGACCCGAAUGCUCGUCACCGAGCCGGUGGUCAUAUUCUUCACCCUUUGGGUCAGCUUUGCAUGGGGAAUUCUGUUCCUCUUCUUCUCAAGCGUUUCGCAAACGUUCAGUCACAAUUACGGCUGGGGUACUUUUACUACCGGUCUUGUCCAGCUCGCUAUCUCUGUUGGCGCGGUGAUUGGCACGGUCUUCAAUCCGAUCCAAGACUGGAUCUAUCUACGCUCAGCCAAGAGAAACCGGGAGCAGCCUGGCCGACCAAUUCCGGAGGCACGUCUUUAUACCUCAAUUCCUGGAAGCUUGCUUUUUGCGGGAGGUCUAUUCUGGUAUGGAUGGGCAAGUGUUGGGGAUGGAUCGAUUCACUGGAUUGUGCCUACUCUUGGCAUUGGAUGCACAGGUGUUGGAAUCUAUAGCAUCUACAUGGCUGUUGUGAACUAUUUGACUGACGCCUAUGAGAAAUACGCUGCAUCGGCGCUUUCUGCGGCUUCGCUGGGGCGGAAUACGUUUGGCGCUUUUUUGCCCCUUGCCUCCUACGAGCUUUUUGAGACUCUAGGUUAUGGGUGGGCUGGCUCGUUGCUAGGAUUCGUUGGAGUCGCUCUUUCUGUUGUCCCCGUUGUCUUGGUACUUAAAGGGCCGGAUAUUAGACGCCGCAGUCCGUUCAUGCGCGAGUCGACGUUUGACUCAGGAGAGUCAUUUGAGCCGGGGGCGCCGGAGAAGCCUAAUAUUUGA